CAACCGCCACCCCAACACGGCGAGUCAAGGGACGGCUUCCGGAGCUAGAGUGCCCUUGGGAAGAAGAUCCAUUCAUUGGUUUUACAUCAAACCUGACAAACCCUCGGUUGUUAGAGGUGGCACCAGGAAGAUGUCACACCCGGGAAUGAAAUUUUUCCUAGAGGAGAUGAUGAGGAGACCUCUGAAGGUGAAUGCAUGUGUGUACCCACAUGUGGCAGCUUUGUGGGAGAUUAAGAAGUCCGUAGAAGAAAGUUCCAGCCAGAAUAAGGAAUCCAGCCCACAAGUUGUCAGUGUUGGUCCUGAAAAUGCUCGUCAUCACUUCCGGAGAUUCUAUUACCAUGAGGCACCUGGACCAUUUGAGGCAGUCUGCCAACUUCAGCAACUAUGCCAUCAGUGGCUGAGGCCAGAGAUCCACUCGAAAGAACAGAUCUUGGAACUGCUGGUGCUAGAGCAGUUCCUGACCAUUCUUCCCAGGGAUGCCCAGAACUGGGUGCAGAAGUAUCAUCCACAAAACAUCAAAGAGGCUGUAGCCCUGGUAGAACGCUUUCAGAGAGAACAUGGUGGAAUAAGUGAUAAGAGUUUGUUGACAUUUGAAGAUGUAGCUGUGUUUUUUUCCGAGGAAGAGUGGAAAUUACUGGAUGAUACUCAGAAGACCCUUUAUAAUGAAGUAAUGCAUGAAAACUAUGAGACUGUCAUCUCUCUAGGGUUAAAGCUCAGAAAUUAUACUGGAAAUGACCAACCUAUCUCUGCUUCUACAGUAGAAAUUCAAACAUCAGGAUGCAAAGUAUUACGAAAGGCCAGAAUGAAAGUUUCUCAGAAAGCAACAGGCAAAGAAAAUCAUGGUGGUAAAUGCAGGGCACAGAAACGACAUCAAGCCUUUCCAGGGAAGAGAAGAAGGAAACCGUCAGCUUAUAAACAAGAGCUUCAAAAAUGUGUGGAUCUUCAUGUGAAAGGCAGUGUAGGAGAAAAACCUUUUAAAUGUCAGGAGUGUGGAAAAAGCUUCAGAGUUAGCUCUGACCUCAUUAAGCACCAGAGAAUUCAUACUGAAGAGAAACCUUAUAAAUGCCAACAAUGUGAUAAGAGGUUUAGAUGGAGUUCAGAUCUUAAUAAGCAUUUAAUGACCCACCAAGGAAUAAAACCAUAUAGCUGUUCAUGGUGUGGGAAAAGCUUCAGUCAUAACACAAAUCUACACACACACUUAAGAAUUCACACAGGCGAGAAGCCCUUUAAAUGUUAUGAAUGUGGAAAAAGAUUCAUUCAGAAUUCCCACCUUAUUAAACACCAGAGAACCCACACAGGUGAGCAGCCUUAUACUUGUAGCAUAUGCAGGAGAAAUUUUAGCAGGCGGUCAAGCCUUCUUAGACACCAGAAACUUCACAGGAGAAGAGAAUCAUGCCCAGUGUCUCCAGUCUGAAGAAAGUCACCAUAUAUGGAGCUUUCCCCCAGGCAUGAUGAAAUAAUACAAAAUUAUGAGGCAUCUAAUGAUAGGAGUCUCAUCAACAUAACAUUUUCUGCUUCACAGAAAAGUGACUUAACUGUUUUAGUCAGCAUUGUGUCUUCAGUGCC